AUGAAGACUGUCCUCAUCCUCUCCAUUCUACUCUGUGCUGCUUUUGCAGCUCCAGCUGAACACAAAGAGAAAGCUCUAGAUGCAGCAGUGAUGGCCCCAGAGCAGUCUGUUUUUGCAGCUCGUGAGUUUGAGGAGGCAGCAGCACCUGAAUCUCGUAGUAUCUGCCCAGACGGCUGGUUCCACCACGGUUCUCGUUGCUACCUGUUCGUCAACACUCCCAUGUCUUGGUACAAUGCUGAGGAGCACUGCAACGCCAUGGGUGCCCACCUCACCUCAGUCUCCAACCCCAGAGAGUACACCUUCCUCCAGAAAAUGACAAAUACAGCUGGUCAGAGCAUCGCAUGGCUGGGAGGCUUCCACCUGCAGGGCCGGUGGUUGUGGAUUGACCGUCAGGGAGUGUAUUACACUAACUGGUACUGCCCAGCAUCCUCCAGCAGCUACCCCUGCAUGUACUUGCGCAACAACAAUGGUUGGGGGAACACCCAGUGUGGCUCUGCUUAUCGCUUCAUUUGUUCAAAGAACCCAUUCGGCUGUUGA